GUCCGGCAGUCAUUCGGAGUUGGAUAGUCGCCGAGCGAGGACGCGAUUUAUCGCUUGUGUGAUUUGUGUUCUUGUCAAGGAUUUAAUUCGCCUCGAUGUGUCUUUACCGCUAUCCUCUGUGUGGGUGAAGUGGAUAUUAUCGCUAGGAUGGGCACUCGGAAUUAUAUCGCCUGCUUGAUCGUCGCUUCUUUUCUCGUCGUUAACGUCGAAGGUUUAGUGUCUUGUUCUCCCAACCCGUGCAAAAAUGGCGCUUCCUGCGUCUCCAAUCCUAGAGGCGAAUCCUAUUGCAACUGCCCUCCUAUGUACGUAGGAGAAUAUUGUCAACAUUUGAAUCCUUGCCAUACGGGACCCGGCCCGAGAUGUCAAAACGGAGGCACCUGCAACGUAGAAAUGAGCGUCACCAGCGGGCCCACCUUUUCCUGUUCGUGUCCCGUCGGAUAUUCGGCUUCCUUGUGCGAAAUUACCGUCCCGAAUAGUUGCGACAGCGACCCCUGUCAAAACGGAGGAACCUGCACCCUCAUCACUCUGGACAAUUACACUUGCGCCUGCGCCGCCGGUUACAGAGGUCGACACUGCGAAUUAGUAGAUCACUGCGCCUCGCAGCCGUGUAGAAACGGUGCCAGUUGUCAGUCGCUGGGUGAUAAAUACAAAUGCACCUGUGCCAAAGGAUACACCGGCCUCAAAUGCACCAACGACAUAGACGAAUGCCUGAAAGAUCCUUGCGUCCACGGCAGAUGCGUCAAUGCCGUCGGAUCUUACAGAUGCGUGUGCGAAGCCGGUUACACCGGACUGAAUUGUGAAUCUCAGUACAUUCCUUGCGAUCCCAGCCCCUGUCAAAACGGUGGAUCUUGUCAAGUUAUCGACUCGCUCAGUUAUCGUUGUUCCUGCCCCGUAGGAUUUACGGGAACAAAUUGCGAAGUCAACAUCGACGAUUGCCCCGGCAAUUUGUGUCAGAACGGUGCUACCUGUAUCGACGGUGUCAACAGUUACACUUGUAGAUGUCCUCCCACUUAUACAGGUCCCUAUUGUAGUAAGGACGUAGACGAAUGCUCCCUCAGGCCUAGCGUGUGUAAAAAUGGUGCAACUUGUACUAACACGGUCGGGGGAUAUUCUUGCAUCUGCGUUAAUGGUUGGACCGGGGCCGAUUGUAGCGAGAACAUCGACGAUUGCGCGGUAGCGGCGUGUUUCAACGGCGCCACUUGUCACGAUCGGGUGGGAUCUUUCUACUGCCAGUGUGCCACUGGGAAAACCGGAUUGCUGUGCCACUUGGACGAUGCCUGCACCAGCAAUCCGUGUCAUACCGGCGCUAUCUGCGACACCAGCCCUAUAGAUGGCACUUACAUUUGCUCUUGCCCCAACGGAUUCAAAGGAGUAGAUUGCACGGAAGACCUUAACGAAUGCGAAGAAGGUUCUCCUUGCGAACACGGCGGAACUUGCGUUAACACCCCGGGUUCGUUUCAUUGUAACUGUACCAAAGGAUUUACUGGACCUAGAUGCGAAAUCAACAUAAACGAAUGCGAUUCUAAUCCUUGUCAGAACGAUGGAACUUGCUUAGACGAAAGAGGAGGAUUUCGUUGCGUCUGUAUGCCCGGUUACAGUGGAAGCCAUUGUCAGAACGACAUAGACGAAUGUUCUCCCAACCCCUGUCUUAAUGGAGGUAUAUGUAGUGAUAGAAUCAAUGGAUUUAAGUGCCUCUGCCCAAUCGGUUUCUCUGGAAAGAAGUGCGAAGUAAAUGACGACGAUUGUCUCAGUCAACCCUGCCAGAAUGGUGGAACAUGCACUGAUGGAAUUGCCAGCGUAACCUGCGAAUGUCCUCCCGGAUUUACGGGUACAAAUUGCGAAACUAACAUUAACGAUUGCUUAUCUUCUCCCUGUCAUCACGGGGAAUGUAUUGACGGCACCAAUUCGUUUACUUGUUACUGUCAUCCCGGUUACACCGGACUUCUUUGUCAGACUCAAAUCAACGAGUGUCUGAGCAAUCCGUGUCAACACGGAGGAAGAUGCGAAGAUCUCAUUAAUGGUUAUCAAUGCCGGUGUCGCCCCGGCACUUCCGGACCCAACUGCGAAUAUAACGUCAAUGAAUGUUUUAGUAAUCCGUGCAGAAAUGGCGCCACCUGUGUGGACGGAAUCAAUUCCUACACCUGUCAAUGUCUACCGGGUUUCACAGGAACCCAUUGCGAGACAAAUAUUGACGAAUGUGCUAGUAGCCCUUGUGCCAACGGAGGGGUUUGCACGGAUUUAGUCAAUGGCUUCAAAUGCGAUUGUCCUAGAGGAUAUUACGAUGCCCGCUGUUUAUCCGAUGUCAACGAAUGCGCCAGUAAUCCGUGUAUCAAUGGUGGAACGUGUGAAGACGAAGUUAAUAAAUUUAUUUGCCAUUGCCCCCGAGGUUAUGGUGGAUACAGAUGCGAGCAGGACAUCGACGAAUGUCAGUCUAACCCUUGCCAACACGGAGGAAGCUGUCACGACGGUCUGGAUAGUUAUAGCUGUACCUGUCUUGCCGGAUACACCGGAAGAAAUUGUGAAAGCAAUAUCGACGACUGCGCCAAUAAUCCGUGUUUGAAUGGUGGAUCCUGUAUAGAUUCCAUUAAUGCCUAUCAGUGUGUAUGCGAAGUGCCGUUUACGGGAAAGAACUGCGAACUAGAAUUGGAUCCGUGUAGCCCGAAUAAAUGCAAAAAUGGAGCAAAGUGUACAGCCUCGUCUAAUUAUUUGGAUUUUGCUUGCACUUGUGAAUUAGGUUACACCGGACGUCUCUGUGAUGAAGAUAUUGACGAAUGCGCCAUAUCUUCGCCUUGUCGUAAUGGUGCGACGUGUAGUAACAACGAUGGCUCCUACACUUGUAUAUGUGCCAAAGGUUACGAAGGAAGAGAUUGCUUAAUAAAUACAGACGACUGCGCCUCUUUUCCUUGUCAAAAUGGAGGCACCUGUUUAGAUGGGGUUGGUGAAUAUAACUGUUUAUGUGUUGAUGGAUUUGGAGGAAAGCACUGUGAAAGGGACAUCAAUGAGUGUGCGAGUAAUCCCUGUCAGAAUGGUGCAACUUGCAAUGAUUAUGUCAACAGUUACACUUGUACUUGUCCCUUGGGUUUCAGUGGAACAAAUUGUCAAACCAAUGAUGAAGACUGUACACCCAGUUCUUGUAUGAAUGAAGGAUCCUGCAUUGAUGGAAUAAACAAUUAUAGUUGUCAGUGCACUCCCGGAUAUACAGGAUCUAAUUGUCAGUAUCAUAUUAACGAAUGUGACUCUCAGCCUUGUCAAAAUGCUGCAACUUGCAUCGAUCACAUUGGCUUUUACACUUGUCAUUGUCCUUUCGGAUAUACUGGACCUAGAUGCGAGACAUUUGUAGAUUGGUGUAGUACUAAUCCUUGCAUGAAUGGAGCCACUUGCAAACAACAGAACAACACUUACAGAUGCACUUGUCAACCUGGCUGGACAGGAAUGCUCUGUGAUGUUUCGAUGGUUUCGUGUUCCGAUGCAGCUUUGCAGAAAGGUAUUGAAUUAGGAGAUCUUUGUAAAAAUGGAGGUACCUGUGAAAAUAUCGGAAACAGUCAUCAUUGUUUAUGUCCAAAUGGAUACGAUGGUAGUUACUGUCAACACGAAAUCAACGAAUGUGCUUCUCAGCCCUGUCAGAAUGGUGCAACUUGUAAUGACUUAAUAGGUCAAUACACUUGUGACUGUCCCCCUGGUUUCCAAGGAUUAAACUGCGAGUUUAAUAUCAAUGACUGCGAUCCCAAUCCGUGUCGAAAUGGUGGAACGUGUCACGAUCUCAUCAAUAAAUUUGUUUGCUCUUGUCCUCAUGGAACACUUGGAAUUUUGUGUGAAAUUAAUGUAAAUGAAUGUUUUGAAGGAGCUUGUCAUCAUGGUGGAACCUGUCUCGACAAAGUUGGGGGUUAUGAAUGUCAGUGUCAGCCAGGCUAUGUGGGACCAAGAUGCGAGGGCGACGUCAACGAGUGUCUUUCGAAUCCUUGUAGUAACGUGGGAACUCAAGAUUGUGUUCAGCUAGUGAACGAUUAUCGCUGCGACUGUAAACUCGGAUACAUGGGGAAACAUUGUGAAACAAAGGUCAAUUUUUGUUCGUCUAACCCGUGUUUAAAUGGAGGUGUAUGUAAUGGAAAUGCAUUGGGUCAUACGUGUAUUUGUGCCGAGGGCUUCUGGAGUGAAGAUUGCAGUAGAACUAACACAACAUGUGCAAGUAAUCCUUGUAAAAAUGGAGGCCAGUGUCAUCCACAUCAACAUAGUUAUGCUUGUACUUGUCCCAAAGGUAUUGCAGGAAAACAUUGUGAUGUAGAUAUAUUUGAUGAGUGUUCAUCAUCUCCUUGUCUGAAUGGUGGAGUCUGUGUUGAUGAAAUGGGGAAAUUUAUUUGCAAAUGUCCAGCAAAUUGGAAUGGAUACCAUUGUGAAACUUUUGAUCCCUUUUUUAAAGGAGGCGAGGGAUCCGUAGUCACACCAAAUACAAUUCCUCAAAAAUCAUUGGAUGAAGAAAAGAAAUUAUGUCAGAGUAACGACUGUGAACUGAAAUCGGGAAAUAGAAUAUGUAAUGAGGAAUGCAAUAGUUAUGCAUGUAAUUUUGAUGGUGGAGAUUGUUCCUUAGGAAUAAAUCCUUGGGCAAACUGUACCGCAGCCAUUAAAUGUUGGGAUGUUUUUCGUAAUGGAAAAUGUAAUUUUGAAUGUAACACCAUGGACUGCCUAUUUGAUGGAUUUGACUGUGCACAAACACUUCCUCCUUGCAAUGAACAAUAUGACACGUAUUGUCUGAAAAACUACGCUAAUGGAUAUUGUGAUAAUGGUUGCAAUAAUGAAGAAUGUAAUUGGGAUGGUUUAGAUUGCGAACCAGACCCACCAAAAUUAGCAGAAGGCAGUCUUGUUAUUGUUGUUAUGAUGGAUCCAAAUAUAUUUAGGAAUAACAGUGUAUCUUUCUUGAGAGAAAUUGGCCAUGCUCUUCGCACAAAUGUCAGAAUAAAAUCUAGUGAUGAUGGAAAUCCUAUGAUUUACCAGUGGCAAAAGCCAGAUCCUUCGGGAACUCCCAGCCGACAUGGACCAGUUAAUCAGUUUGGAACUGAAGUAUAUUUAGAAAUUGAUAAUAGAAAAUGUUCCAUGUCCAUUGUCAACGAUUGUUUCCAUUCAGCAUCAAAAGCUGCACAAUUUUUAGCUGCUGCACAUGCACGACAUGCAUUAGAUACUGCUUUCAAUAUACAUGGAAUAAGUGGUUCAGAAGAACAUAUAGAGCUGCCACCAUCAGAUUCUGGCUAUCCUAACAUGGUUUAUGUGGUUAUUGGAGGAAUUGUUAUUGUUCUUCUUGGUUUGUUGGUUGGAGUUUUAAUAACAACUCAAAGAAAGAAGGCACAUGGAAUUACUUGGUUUCCAGAGGGCUUUUUACGAACAAGUGGUAGUCAGAGAAGACAAUCUAGGCGUCGUGGACCUGAUGGCCAAGAAAUGAGAAAUUUCCAUAAACAAGGACACCGAAUUGAUGAAAUGGGUGAUGGACAUUCGGCUCCGACAGACAGUGGACAAUGGAGUGAUGACGAUUUAGAACAUCCUCCAAUGAAAAGAUCUAAAUGUGAUCGUUCUCCAGAUCCAAGUUUCGGAGAUACGCACACUGUAAUUACUACUACAGAUUAUGAUGAAAACGAUCCACGUCCAUGGACACAACAACAUUUAGAUGCAGCCGACAUUCGGAAUCCAGACAUUUUAGCAUUAACUCCUCCACAACGAGAUGGCGAUUUAGAAACUGGAACCGUAGACGUUGAUGUCAGAGGACCUGGUGGCUUAACACCCCUUAUGCUAGCAUCUUUCCGGGGUGGAGGCUUAGACACAGGUGAUGAUGGAGAGGAAGAGGAUGGAUCGGUAAACAUGAUACAGGAUCUUUUAAUGCAAGGGGCUAAAAUUAAUAUGACCACAGAACGUACAGGAGAAACUUCUUUGCAUCUUGCUGCAAGAUAUGCACGUGCUGAUGCAGCAAAAAGAUUAUUGGAUGCUGGUGCAGAUGCAAAUUCUCAAGACAAUACUGGCCGUACUCCUCUACAUACUGCAAUUGCUGCUGAUGCUCAAGGAGUUUUCCAGAUUCUUCUUCGAAAUCGGGCUACAAACCUAAAUGCACAGAUGCAUGAUGGCACAACUCCAUUGAUUCUUGCUGCACGUCUUGCUAUUGAAGGAAUGGUUGAAGAUUUAAUCAAUGCUGAAGCUGAUGUAAAUGCUUGUGACGAUCAAGAUAGAACAGCUUUACAUUGGGCUUCAUCAGUUAAUAAUGUGGAUGCUGUGAGAGUGUUGCUUGCUCACGGAGCCAACAGAGAUGCUCAAGAUAAGAAGGAUGAAACACCAUUGUUUUUAGCUGCAAGAGAAGGAAGUUAUCAAGCUGCUAGAGUUCUUUUAGAACAUUUUGCUAAUAGGGAUAUCACAGAUCACAUGGAUAGAUUACCACGUGAUGUAGCGUUGGAAAGAAUGCAUCACGACAUUGUCCGUCUUUUGGAUGAAUAUAUUCCACCAAGUCCACAAAUGAGUAGUUUAUCUGGUGCACCUCUAGGAUGUUCUCCAUCAAUGAUUCCACCACCAACAGUAAUUGGAUCUACAAAAUCUGUAAAACCCAAAAAGAGGCCAAAGAUGAACACAAUAGCAGGUCUUCCCUCUGCAAAAGAUGUAACUGAUGCAGCAUUAUUAAUUGCUGGUGAUGCAGCCAUCAGAAGAAAAGCAUCUGUAAAGAAACGAAAAGAACCAUCGCCUUUGAUGACAAUGGAUUGUUCCACAACUCUUUCACCUGUUAAUUCCCUUGAAUCUCCUUGCACCAAUAGUUAUCUUGAUGGUACACCAUCUCCUCUGGAUAAUAAUUUAUAUAGUGGUCAUAUGCUAGCAAUGUCUCAUCCAAAUCUUGCUAGUAUUGAUAAUAAUUGUAACAUGUCUGUAAAGGAGCCACCAUCUUAUGAGGAUUGUGUAAAUAAUGGUUCACAGUUAGGAUAUGGAAUGAGUGGAAAUAUGGAUCCUGCAUCUAUGGGAUUUGGUGGACAGAUCUAUGUUAAUAGCUGUGGCAUGAUUGUACCUAUUCAGGGAACACAGACUCUGAAAUCUCAUCAUCCCAGACAAAAUUCAAUGCCCAUUAGUCUUGCAACACAGCAUAUUCCUACCUCACAUCCAUACACUGUCACAUCUCAUAAACAAAGACCUUCUCUUCCUACAUCACCUACUCACAUGGCUGCUAUGAGAGCUGCUCACCAUCAAAAAACUGUUCAAUUACAAUCUCAACAAAGUGCCAAUUCAAGUUCAUCAUAUGAAUAUCCAUCAAAUAUGACGAAUCUUCAGCAUCUUCUCAGUAAUACGCUUCCAAAAAGCAGCAUGACACAAACGACGACAGCCAACCAACAAGUCAUCUAUUCUCAUCAGUAUCAUUAUCCCACACCACCUUCGCAGCACAGUCACGGUGGCGCAGAGGCAACACCUCAGCACUAUUUCCAUGCACCCGAAACAUAUCUAACGCCUUCUCCCGAAUCGCCAGGUCAGUGGUCUAGUAGUUCUCCUCAUUCUGCACAAUCAGACUGGUCUGAAGGUAUUUCUAGUCCUUUGGGGCCCACAAAUUUACAUCCCAUUGUUGUGGAUCCUAGCCAACAACAACAAUCUCAACAACAGUCUUCUCAAGCUCAAGGAUUAUCUUCACAACAUCCACCUCCAGAGGCUGUCUUUAUCUGAACAGUGCCUUUUUAAAAAUUAUAUAGACAAUGCAAAGCUUUGUUUAUUGUGAAAAGACAUUACAAUACAAUUGUUUUGCAGCAAUGUGAUUAAAAGUGUCUUUUACCAUGACAUUUACUUUCGCACAAUCAUUUUUAGAAAACGGGCGCAUUCGCUGAAUUAAGUACAGCAUAUUUAUUAAAUGAUACACGGUUUAUCAUAACUUAUGAACUUUUAAAGUAUAGUUUUACAUUGUAUUGACAAGGGUACUAUCAAUCUGAAAUUAUUUUUUAUUUCAUUAUACAGUAUAAAAGAAGAGUAGAAAAAAUAAUUGGUACCAAAAAUACCAUUGAAACAAGUACUAUUUUUAUGUCAUAAAACUUAGAAGUAAAUAUAUAUUUAUAUUUUUGUACAUAAUCAAAAAUUAAUGAAUACUUGGUUUUGGGACCAUUUAUGCAAUGAAUACUUUAAUAAAAUGAAGUAUAAUUGAUUGUAUAAAAGCAUUAUUAAUGAAUACUUUGUAAAAUUUUGUAUAUACAAUUAAGAUUGAAUGUAAGAAGUUAUACUUAAAUAGUUCAUGUAAAUAUACAUUUUUUUAAAUUAUAUUAAUUUGUAUGAAUGUGUGCAUCAGAUAUGAUAAAUGUUACAUAAAGGGAGUUUAGAAAGUUUUGUUCAUUUUUCAUGUCUACUAAACAACCAUAAAUCUGGUUGAA